GUUGUGCGUGCUGAAGACCUCCGUUCAUGCGCUAAGGGUUUUAUUUGGGAAAAACUGCAUAAAACACUGGCCAAUGCUGCAAGUCGUCGAGAAUCUUAGCCUUCUUAGGAUCAAAUCCUCUCUGGCUUGGCAUGGAAUGUGCAAAAUCCGUAGAAUCCAUUGGCCUUCCUCGCUUGUAAGGAAUACAUUCACAGAGUUCUUUAAGAGCAAUGGCCACCAGCACAUUAGGUCAAGCCCGGUUAUUCCAUGGAAUGACCCAAGUUUGGCCUUUGUUAAUGCUGGCAUGAAUCAGUUCAAGCCAGUUUUCCUUGGACAUCAGCAACCCCCUUGCCCCCGAGCCACGAACAGCCAGAAGUGUAUCCGUGUUGGGGGCAAGCACAAUGACUUGGCUGAUGUGGGUACCGAUACGUAUCAUCACACAUUCUUCGAAAUGCUUGGAAACUGGUCCUUUGGAGACUACUUUAAAAGAGAGGCUUGCACAAUGGCAUGGAGUCUACUAACAGAUGUGUACAGAUUACCUCCUGACCGUCUUUAUGUUACGUACUUUGGUGGAAAUGAGAGUGCAGGGCUGGAGGCAGACCUUGAAGCUAGGGACAUAUGGAGGGCAAUAGGUGUUCCAGAUAACAGAAUCAUCCCAUUUGGCAUGAAGGACAACUUCUGGGAAAUGGGAUCACACGGACCAUGCGGACCGUGCACUGAGAUACAUUACGACCGCUUGGGACGUGCUGAAGCUAGCGAGAGGGUUAACCUUGGGGUGGAAGACGUGAUUGAGUUGUGGAAUUUGGUAUUUAUUCAGUAUGAGAGGUUAAAGGAUGGAAACCUGAAGACACUAACUACCCAGCAUGUGGACACAGGGAUGGGUCUGGAACGCAUAACAGCAGUGUUGAAUAGCAAGUCUUCAAAUUAUGACACUGACCUCUUCAUGCCUAUAUUUUCAGCAGUGGAAAAGUUGAGUGGAAGAAGAGAAUAUAAGGGAAAUUUUGAGAAGGAGGGCCCAUGUAUUGAUACAGCUUACAGAAUAUUGGCUGAUCAUACCAGAAUGUUCACUGUAGCUCUUGCGGAUGGCAUGUUUCCAGAAGACAGUCACAAAUUACGACGUGUCAUGAGGCGAGCCAUUACAAUUGGAGAGGAGCAGUUUGGUUUCAAGAGAAAGGAUGGAAGUCUCUAUCAUUUAACCGAGAUUGUAGCAGAAACACUCAGUGAUGCCUAUCCAGAACUGUUUGAUCAACUAGGAAGAAUUCAGUUGAUCCUGAAACACGAGGAAGAAUUGUUUUCAGAACUUCAGAAGAAAGUUAACAGAGAAUGGGCAGACCUUCUCCUAGUACGACCAGAACUUCGGAUACUUUCUGAUCUGCAUGCUCCUGGUAUUAUUGAAGGUGUCAAAGAGAUAUUACCACAUAUACAAGAGUGGAAGGAGCAUGACUAUAAACUUCCAGGCCAUGUAGCAUUAAAGCUGUAUGAUACUUAUGGUCUACACAUUGAUCAGAUAGAAGAACUAGCCGAAGUCUACAACUUGACUGUGGAUCAAGAAGGUUUUGAAAAAGGGUUGAGUGAAGUUCGCCAGCUGACGAGAAGUGUCAGCCAGCAAAGGAUGGAGGGCUCUGCGACAUUUGACAAAGAAAUAAUCUUAGAAGAUCUUGUCAGACUAAACAUUCCUGUUACUGAUGACAAAGCUAAAUAUUCUUAUGAAAGCUCUGAUGGACUUUAUGCUUUUAAACCUUUAAAGAGCAAAGUCCUUUCAAUUUUGGUUGAUGGGAAGUUGAGUGACAAGACUUCUGCUCAACAGAAAAUAGGGAUUAUCACAGAUAGGACAAACUUCUACCAUGAAGCUGGAGGCCAGGUGGGAGACACUGGGUCAAUUGCAAGAAGUAACACAAAAGUUAAAAUCACAAAUGUUGAAAAUGUUGGAGGUUAUAUCAUUCACUGGGGAGAAGUAGAAUAUGGUGAACUGGCAGUUGGAGAUAUAGUGACUGCAAAUGUUCAGUCACAACAUCGCAUUGGUUGUAUGCAGCACCACACUGCUACACAUUUGCUGAAUGCUGCUGUCAAAUUUGUGACUGGACUAUCUUGCCAGAGAUCAUCUCUUGUGACUCCGGAUCACCUUAGUCUCAGUGUUAGAACUUAUCGGCCACUCAAUGAGAGCAGCAUAGAUAGGACAGAAAGUAUUGUCAAGAAAUGGAUUGCUGCAAGUAAGCCCAUUGGUAGAAGAAAUAUGGAUAUAAAAGACCUCUUAGGGGAAGCCAACAUUACUUUAGUCCCUGGUGAAGUCUACCCAGACACAGUUCAUGUAAUCACUUCACGUCUAGAUCUCCAAGAGGAAGGCAGUAAAGAGGAGCAGUUGUUAUCAGUUGAACCUUGUUGUGGUACACACCUCCACAACAGCGGUCAUAUUGGUAACUUUGCAAUUACUAGUAUUAAAAGUGCGGGUGUUGGCAUACGUAAUAUACGAGCUGUGUGUGGGGCAGCAGCUGGGAGAGCUUUACGUAAUGCAACAGAAGCACAGGCACAACUCAGGGACUGGGAAAAGCAAGUGGAAAUGGAACUGUCUGCUGGUGAUCAUAAAAGAAUAAGAAAGCUUGAGAAAGAUCUUAUAACUUGGCACAAUAAAAAGGAAGAGAUACCGUUACCCUACUUAAUGCGAGCACAAAUUAACAACUCAGUGGACAACAUGACAAGAAAUCUUCGUAAUUCACUGCGUGGUGAUGUCAAUAAGCAGAUGAUUGAAGAGAUGAAGGAACUCACCGAAGCACAGCCAGAAGGACCAAUCAUCCAUCUAUUUAAUACAGAUUUUGGCACAAGCAAGGCGGUGCUCAGCAAAGCCACAAAAAUUGGAAGCAAACGACCUAUGCUUGUAAUGGCUAGGGCUGAAGGUGGUGUUGUUGGCCGCACAGUUGUACCUGAGGAAAUGGUUGCUAAUGGAGCCUCUGCAACUGCUUGGCUAGAAUGCGUAAGAGCGAUCCUGGGAGGAAAGGCCUCUGCUCCAAAGGGUCAGGAUCCACUACUUGUGUGCAAUUUACGAAGUGCGAAGAUAAAAGAUCCAGAAAUGAGCAAUAAACUUGAAGAAGCUCUUACAUGUUCCAAGGUUUACAUUGAGAAGUUUCUAUAGGGUACUAAAAUAUCUUGAUUGAAUAUAAUUUUUAUUAUUAAU